AUAGCCAAUCAACGGUUAAACAGUGUGAUCGGAGCGAAAAUCAAACGCAGAACGUUGUUGGGUCACUCAGGGUGGAGAAAUAAGCUGUUGGUUUGUAUAAUUUGGAAAUGAGUAGUAUCGGAAUCGCAUUUCAGCACUGCAACUGCUAACCAGCUAAAACACGGAGACGACAAUCAAAGAUAAGUCUUCAAAAGAUGGAGCCACAACUCACAAAUCCAAGGAUGAAGGACGACACCCAGAAAGAUCACACGACUAAUAGACUACCUAAUACUAAAGUGGUCAAUAAAGAAAAUACCAGACCCGAAAAGCAAUGGAACAGACCUAAUGUUAUUAAGGCUGAACCCCAAAAACAAAAGGCUGUAAAAUUGGAGCCCAUGCAGUCUUCCAACCAUGCAGUUAACAAAGAAGCACCUGUGAAGAAGGAAGGUGGAGAUUCAGAUAAGCAGGUGGAUGAGGGAAAUCAAGUGGGAAACACUGGAUCCAAAAAUCCUGCUGAAAUGAGGAGACGUACAACCCUGAGCUACUCUUUCCUGUCUCACAGAAAGAAUCAGCAAAAGCAGCUCAUUGUGGAGAAGAGUGCCAACCCAAAGCCUGCUGUGCCUUGUGCCUCCAAACCAGUCUUGGGUGCCUACAGAGGCAAGGUUGUUCAGUCAAAAGUCAGCUCCUUUAGGAAGCCAGCAACCACUGAAGAAGAGAAGAAUCAAUCGGAAGUGAAGGCCGUUGCCUCUAAACCAAUUGCACAGAAAACUAAUACAGCGAGCAAUGGGAAAGCUUCAGUGCAGAAGCCAGGGAUUGGUGUCCCAAAAACCUCUGCCCAGACAGCCAAGUCCACUACAACAAACAUGCAAAAGGGGCAAAUCGCAAAACCACCCUUAAGAGAAAAUGUUUUCCAACAGAAGGAGCCUAAAGCAACCAACAUUUUGGCUGCUAGAAGGCUGGUUAGCAGUGGCACCGCGGGUCCCGCACCACAGCCAAGGCUGCCAGUGACGAUGAAGAAAAAUGACUCUGUCCCAAAAGUGAACCCCAAGACAUCUGAGGCCACAAGUAAAAAUGGAGCAAAGCCAUCGAACACAGUCAUUAGUAAUAAAUACAAGAUCAAAAAAGAAACCGCGGAAGAGCGAAGAUUAAGGCUGGCUGAGUGGUUGACUACAAAAGGCAAAACUCUGAAGAGACCAUCCAUGGUACUGCAGGCUGGUGCCACCCUGAAGCAGGCUCCCAAAAAAGAACCAAUAACCCAGCUGAAUACAACUAUGGAGGUGGAAGAUAACGAUGAACAGGAUCUGCCUGUUUUAGCUGAGGAAACGAAUGAGCCAAUAGAUGAGUUAUGCUGUGCACUAGCAGAUAUGUUACCUACUUCAAAAUCCAACACUGAUGGACAGAGAGGAGGCAGUGAGAGUGAGGAAAGCACUGGGAUGGAUCAGAAAGACUCUGUGAAAGCUGAAGAGAAAGACCUGAAACUGGAGCAUGGAUCCCAGAGUCCAGCCCAUGUGGAGAAGCAGUGCAAAGAGGAGAAUGAAUCUGAUGAGGAUGAAGAGAUAGACGAGAAAGCACACAACGUGGCAAUGAAAACUCCUGGAAAAGAUACUGCGAAGGCUUCUGUGGUUAAAUACAGCGUAAAGACAACACCCUACUUACAAAGUGUGAAGAGGAGGAUUCAGGGUGAAGGAAGUAAAGGUGCUAUAAAGGAUCUGAAGUUCUUAACCCCUGUGCGACGCUCCCAGAGAAUCAACCGCAUGUCCUAUCGGCUGCCAGAGAUGCUGAUGGACCACGAUCCCUGUGUUUCAUCUUUGGCAGAGCUGGCUGGCUUGGAUGGUGAAGCCAACGCCUACAUCUACAGGCAGAACCCUGCGCUGCAAGAGGUCACAAGGUUGUCUGCUGCAACAGACUAAAUGAGUCCCAGAUUGUCUAUUGUGUAAAAAACACAAUGGUUGAAGUCCCUUUUUUAUGUUGGUAUUUGUGUACAAUUUAACUGGCAUGGAAGUAACAAGAAAUGUUAAUACACCACACUAACGGGUCAAAUAAUGUAAAUGAAAAACCCCACACUUAAUGCAGGUUUUUUCUCAUUAGAGAUAUGUCUUUGCACACUAAUUAUUAUUUUAUACACAAUGUAUGCUGUUCAUAUAGUCUGAAACCUAAUGGCUGUAAUUUGCAUUAAAAAUGUAAAAUACUGUAAGAACUAGCAUUGUAAGGACAGAAAAAUGCAUUUGGUCCCCUGAUGUAACGCCAUACUGUAAUGGGCAAAGGGUUUGCAGACCAAUGAUUUACUCUGAUUGGUGGUUAUAUGGUAAGUAUUACAAUUGGGUGUUUACUGCAAGUGUUAUAGAAAGCUAGCAAGAUGUCUUGUGCCAUUCUGGUCUAAAUGUUUAACCCAAUCCAUGCAUCAAAAGACAGCCCUUUGUGUUUUUGUUAGUGUUGUCUGCUGUCAUUUAUGUGUUUACUAUGUUCUUUUUUUCAUGUUUUAAUGUUAGGUACUGAGUUGGUAAUAUGUGUUUUAGGCAUACUAAAGAUUGUUGUUAAUGUGAAUUGUACUGCUUCUGUUGCAGUCUGGUCUGUCUUCCUGAAGGAGAUAUUGACAGAAACAGUUCACGACAAUUAUAUUCUUGUUUGUCUUGUCUGGUUAAGUUUAUAAUGUGCAUCUUUGUACAGCAAAGCUGUUGGUUCACAUGAAUCAGGCCUGCUUGGACCAGUUUAAAAAACCUAAAAAUAUGGGUGAGCCUGCUCUUGUCUGGGUAGUAUUGAAAAUGAUCUACACUAAAUAAAAGGUAAUUGAACAACA